AUGCCUCACUUGACAGUCACAAACGUGGUAGAAUGGCCUUACAAGAGUGGUCAGCUGAGUGCUCGACAAAUCGAAAUAACGGAUUCUGAACCAAGUCAGCUAUUGAAGAUGUUGGCCUCUGGGGCUUGGACGGCCCAGGAGGUUCUUCUGGCAUUUAUCGCCCGGUGUAUCAUUGCCCAUCAUCUAACCAAUCCACUAACCGGUCCCAUGUUUGAUCAAGGUUUCCGCCGAGCUGUAGAGCUCGAUGAUUAUCAUCGUAGAACAGGCAAGACUGCUGGGCCGUUUCAUGGGUUGCCAAUUAGUUUGAUAGAUGUUUUCAAUAUCCAAGGAAUGCCGACGACUCUUGGUUUUGUUGCCCGAGCAAAUGCACACCCCGUACACUCUGGCGAGUUGGUCAAUCGACUCUCAGCGGCUGGAGCUAUAUUUUAUUACAAGACGAAUAUUCCCCAGUCUCUUAUGUCUGGAGAAUGCCAUAAUUUUCUUUUCGGACGAACAGCGACACCGUAUAACACUACCUUGUCCGCAGGAGGGUCAAGCGGAGGUGAAGGCUCACUAAUAGCGCUUGGAGGCAGCCCUCUAGGAAUUGGAAGUGACAUUGCUGGAUCGAUUCGCACGCCGGCAAACUCCAAUGGCGUAUACGGCUUAUGCCCCACGAAUGGUCGAUUACCUCUGCAUGACGCCGAGCAGUCGAACGCUGGGUAUCUUAUCAAUGGUGUUGCAGGGCCAUUGUCAAAAAGCAUUGACGGGCUGGAAGUAUAUGCAAGAACAUUACUAUCUCUGAAGCCAUGGGAGUGGGAUUCUGCAUGCGAGCGACUCCCGUGGGAUGAACAAGUCUAUCAAGAAACCCUGCUCAUUGGACUGAGCGGGAAACGACAGCUCUGUAUUGGCUUCGUUGCAAAUGACAGGAUAACCACCCCACAUCCCCCUAUUGAACGAGGAAUGAGAGAAACGAGGGCUACUCUGGAAAAGGCUGGAGUUCAAGUAGUGGAUGUCCAGCUGUUCGACGGAACGGAAGGCAUGUGGGAAAUGAUCACACGUAUUUUCAGUGCAGAUGGAGGGAAUGCAUUCAGAGAAGAGAUUGCCAAGUCUGGAGAGCCCAUAUCCGAGGAUAUUGAGCUCGCCAACCCACAGGAUGCAAUGAAUAGAACAUCAUCCUUGACCGCAACAGGGCGACCGGUAGAUGUGUUCGUCCUACCUUCAGGGUGCCGCGUUGCCUCUCCACAUGGAACCAUGAAGUACUGGCUCUAUGAAUCCAUUUCCAAUAUCCUCGACUGGACAUGUGCUACAAUUCCUGUUGGACAUGUUGACCUUCUCAAGGACCCAAAGCCCAGCAAUGGCGGGGACUUUAAGCCUCUGUCGAGUUUAGAUCGCGAUAAUUGGAAUCUAUACUCCCCUGAGCUAUAUUCAGAUGCUCCUAUUUGCCUUCAGGUAUCAGGGCAGAAAUUCACGGAAGAGAAGGUCUUGGCGUGCUUGAGAGUUAUUGAAGCAUGA